CAACCUAUUUCAUAAAGAGAAUUGAGGAGAAGAAGAAGAUCUAGCGGCACACUCCAUAGACAGUACCAGUGUAAUUUAUUAUCAUCAUCGAACCUAGCAUUAAUGAUCAUUCCUACUCCGGACCCUCGGCCAACUACGAGUACAAAGAAUUAAAUAUUCUUUGUGUGGGUAUUUUCCAACAUCCUAGUUCUUCAACAGAGAAAUCAAAAUAUUGUGCUUUCAAUUUAAUCGCUGAAAAUGGCGCGAUAACACUUGGAAAUAAUCAUCAAGAGAAGCUUAACUUCAUGGAAGCCAAAAUUUCUCAUCUACAAAAAACUCUGAGGCAGAAAGAUGAGGUGAUAAAAAGAGCUCAAGAAGAGCUUAUUAAAAAGUAUACGUCACGCGAAACUUGGGUACCAAUGGAUAAUAUUGCAGACAUAUUCCAGUAUCUUAGAUACGCCAUACGUCAAUGGUGCUCGGCACAGGCCAAAAAGGAUUAUAAAUUUGAUCUAAAGGGGAACGAAUGGGAAGUAUUCCUUCAAGAAUUAGCAAAAUUUUGCUUCUCGAAGGAGCAAAUCAGCAAGAAUUUCCAAAAGCACUACUUCGUGAUGGCAACCUGAGAACGAGAGUAAUUCUGGAAGGCCUCUUUGCCCACCAUCUAUUUUCAGCAUUUUUCCCCGACCCUUUCUUCUUCCUAGGAUAGCAAAUCUCCAAGGGCCUCAACGACAUUUUUUCGUUAGCUGCAUCAUGUACG